UAGAGAGCGCAUGAAAUGCGCUUAGGGUUCUGGGUUCUUUUCUUGUUUUCGUUUUGGAUGGUUAAUGACGCCAGUUUCAUUAUGCGACGGCCGAUGGCCGAGUCGGAAUCGCAACUGCCGAUGCCGGUGAAACUAGAGGUGGAAGAUCAAUUGGAAGAUGAACACGGUCCUUACAACAAAAGAAUGAAGUCCGAUCAUCCUUCUCUCCAGGAGUUGGAAAUUUGCACGAGUAUGCCUCCAACCGAUGUGUUGAUGCAACAUAACCUACCAAAUCAGUCCGGUCCGUUGGGUCUUCGCCUCCCGAAGAGUCCAUCAUUUCUGGAACUUCUUCAGGUGCUAUUGUCCCAACAACAUGAUGCGACUGUCAAUUCUUUCCACGACAAUAAUGCCAUCACAAAAGAAGAGGUGGAGAAGAAAGAAACUAAGCCUACUGCAUGUGCAGGUGCUGUGGCUACCAUUGAAAAGAUGAAAGCCUCAAAUUUUCCUGCUUCCUUGUUGAAGAUUGGAACUUGGGAGUAUGCAUCAAGGUAUGAAGGAGAUCUAGUAGCCAAGUGCUAUUUCGCAAAGCGGAAACUUGUAUGGGAGAUCCUUAAAGGUGGUCUCAAAAGCAAGAUUGAAAUCCAGUGGUCAGAUAUUGCAUCUCUCAGAGCUCUAUGCCCUGAAGAUGGACCCGCGACUUUGGAUGUAGUGCUGUCUAGGCAGCCCCUUUUCUUCAGAGAAAUAAAUCCACAGCCUAGGAAACACACAGUAUGGCAGGCAACAACAGAUUUCACUGAAGGGCAAGCAAGCCUUCAUAGGCAGCAUUUUCUGCAAUGUCCACAAGCUUUGUUAGGCAAGCAUUUGGAGAAGAUCAUGCAAUUCGAUCCACGUCUCCGGCUACUCAGUCAAGAACAAGACUUUGCUCUCGAAAAUCCAUAUUUUGAAUCAAAGUGCUCUGUGUUUGAAGAUCUAGACAACUCUAAACACCAUUCAUUUGGCAUACUGAAUGAUAAACUUCACGAUGCUGCAAUACAUUGUGUUGACGAGCCAUCUGCAUCCCUCGACAACUUUGUAGAUCAGACUGGAGAACAAUACAUCUCCAAGGCAGAUAUGGAUGAGCUGGUUCAAACUCUUUUUAGCGAUUGCCAAACCCCAGCCUCCGACGAGAAAUUAAUCAUGUCGAAGGUGGAUUCACUUUGCUGCUUGCUCCAGAAUGAAGAAAGAAGUUCUGCUAAUCAGAGUAAUGAUGCAUACGAUGGUAACAUUUCAACUGAAUGGGAGUUCAACAACAAUGAUGGCAGCAUUAAUACAACAAGCAUGUCAACGGAAAUCUCCGGUAGAGAAAUGAUGAUGCAUCUGCCUCACAUGUUUCCGACGAUGUGGCUCCCGUAUGAUGAUAACCUUCAAGAGGACAAUGAAUAUGAAAGGUUCAUAUUGAAGUAAUCAGGCUUCAAAGAAUUAUUGCAAAAUGUUCUGUCGUGUAUAUAACUGCAGUCCACCUUAGGAUUGUUGAUUUUGAUAGGAUGGUCUAUUUAGAAAAAUAAUGUACAUGGGUAGAGCAAGUUGUUCUCACUCUAGGAUUUGGAUGGACGAUGUUGGAUCUUAAUAUGAAGAUGUUGAUUAUGUGCUAGAAGAAAAUUUUAGGUAGGAUGUUAAAU